CCAUCCAUAACAGAGGGAAGGUCAAAUCUGACUUUGGUAAUAUGAGCUAACCAUUUGUUUUGUUCUAAAUGAACAAGUAGGCUACUCUUGGUAGGAAGUCAGACUGUAAUUUAAAUAUGUUUGAGGGCAGUGACACGAUUUAUUGGGGGACGCUCAACUGUGCGGGGAGUCAGAUGGCUCCCUUUAUUUAGAACACUAGGACAAGUCAAGUAUGGGCAGAGGAAGAGCUCCCAAACACACUCCUGCCCCUGCACAUGUGUUGGACAUGUGUGUUGUCAUUUGUCUCUGCAGCUGUUGGGACAACACCUCACAACUAAACCCCCUGUGCCAGUGUGUGUUUGGGACCUUUAGGGGACACAAACAGUGUCUUGUCAGCUAACACAUUUCAAACAAGUAGUUGUAAUGGAUUCUCGGCUGUCGAAACAGAUCCAGUGCUCCGUGUGUUUGGGGGACUUCACGGAUCCAGUGAGCCUGCUUUGCGACCACACGUUCUGCCGACAGUGUAUCAGCAAUCAUUCCCAAAGCAGCCGCUUGAGACUGUGUCCGGAAUGCAGGCGACCCUACACCAUGUGGGACCUCCGGUCCAACCGUGUCCUGCGGAAUAUGGUGAAUGCUGUGAGGGAGCACUUGAGCGAGCAACAGGCACUGAACUUAGCGGCUUCGGGAGCAGACGGUGGAACCGCGGUGAGAGUGUUUGAAGAACCGGAGAAGCUGGUGUGUUCAGAUCAUCAAGAGAAACUCAAGCUGUUCUGUGAGACGGACCAGAAACUGGUGUGUCUGAUCUGUAGGGACUGUGAGAAACACCAGGGACACAAGUUUAAACCUGUGGAGGAGGCAGCUGAGCCCAGAAAGAAUUUAUUGUUAGAGCCUCUGAGUUUCCUGUCAAAGGAGAAUGAAGACCUGCAGGCUCUUGUCAAGAAACAGACGAAUGAGAUUUCUAAAACUGAGGAAAGGUCUCAGCAGCUUUCUUCCCAGAUCUCUGCUCAGUUUGAGGAGAUGCACCAGUUCCUGAGGAAAAAGGAGGAGCAAGUGAAGAAAAUGUUGGAGAAGGAAGAGAAGGAAAUGAUAGAAAAGAUGAAAAGAAACAGAGCAGAAAUAGAAGAGAAGCUGAACGAUGGAAGAGAGAAGGAAGGGAUUCUACACUCAGUCUUUGAGUCUGAUGAGCCAGAUGGGUUUCUGCAGUGGUGGACUGAGAAAGGGCUGGAAUUUGUUGAAGAGAUGAAAGAGAAAGAAAGCUGCAGUGAAAAUAAUGACAGUGCUUCUCAAACAACCAAGUUCAAAUCAGCAGUGAAAAGCGUAAAUUUCGCACCUAAUUCUUUGUUCCUUGGCCUUCAUGAGACUCAUUUGCAGUUUAUUGUGUGGAAGGAGAUGCUGGGCUCCAUCAAACCAGUCCCUGAUCGUAAUGUCAUACAUGACUGUCAUGACCCAUACCUGAGGGUCUCCUCCGAUGGGCGUAGCGUCAUCCGCACAUCCAAAAAGGGGAUUUUUUUGCGUCACAAAGACUAUAGGCCUCUGGCCAGGACCCACAAGACCUUCCAGUCAGGGCAGCACUACUGGGAGGUGGACGUAGGAGCGAAGAUAGACUGGAGCGUGGGCUUUGAUGGUGGCUGUAUAAGCAACUUGAACAAGGACAUUGGACUUCACCUUAAGCAUGACCAAGGCUACUGCAUCAAAGAGUAUGAGACAGUGACAGAGAUAGAUCUGACAGUGAAACCACGCAGGAUAGGGCUGUACCUGGACUGCGACAGGUGUCAGGUGUGCUUCUAUAAUGCCGAUGACAUGACUCUACUGCACACCUCCACAUACCCUUCACCCAUCCCUUACUCGCUCAGCCUCUCUCCUGGAGCUUAUCUGGCAGGGAAGAAUGCUGAUCCACUGACAGUGUCCUGGAACUGAUCGGUCCAGGAAACAAUUUAGACACUUUAUUAAGAUGGUUAUAAGAACAGGUCAAUUUAUGGUUAUUGAAGUGAACUUAAAUAAUGAUGUACAUGAUGAAAUAAUGCUUGAGAGAUAAUUAAUGGCUGCUGUAUUUACUUGCUCACUUUGUUAGUAGGUGGUUUUCUUUUUUUAGACAAUUUUUGAAAAGCACUAUGAGCACUAAAUUCUGAUUACAAAUUAAAUUUUCAUAAUGGAGAAAAAAGGAAAGAAGAAAAGAGUUUUUUCCUUCAUUUUAGACAACAAGGGAAAUGCAUGGAAGCUUAUCUGGCAUUUCCACAACAUUAGAAAAAAAUUGUGCUUUGGUAAAUCAUAAUUAUGACAUUGUCAAAAUUAUGAUACUGUAUGAGAAAAGUGAAAAUUAUGACAUACUUAAGACAAUUAUGAGAUAAAGUCAUAAUGAUUUUCAAAAUUUUUAUUUUAAUUUUUAAUUUUUAUUUUUAAGUCAUAAUUUCCACUUAUCUUGUAAUUAAAUUUUUUUUUUUUUUUGCAAAAAUCACUUUUUAUGUGAAUUUCAGCCUUCUAUCUCAUAAUUAUGACUGUCAUAGUUUUGAUUUUUAUCUAUAUGACUUUAUGCAGAAAUGGGCUUAUAGAAAAAAAUUUUAGAUGCAGCUACCAUCAUUAUAAAGUCACCUUCAUUCUUUUAACAUGGUUAAUUAUAGUAAAAAGAAUAAAAAAUAAAAUACUAGUUCAUAUAUAUAUGUAUAUAUAGUUUAUGGACUGGGUUGUAUGGUUUUUCCGGUGCAAAUUCACAAAAUCAACAAGGUGCAUGGAAGGAAAAAUCAAAAGUAGCCUAUCUCUUGAACAAUACCAAUGUUCAAAAGUGUUGUUUGAUAUUAGAAAUGUGAAAAAUUACACUUUACGUUUAUGGCAAAAGAAAAAUGUCUCUUUAUAUGCCACAAGAGGGCAGUGAUAUAAAUUGAUUUUUCGUUUGUGAAACAUUUACAGUGAGAACACUGGGUUUGGAACUCACUCUAGAAAUUGGACUGUAUGCUCAUGUUUUCCACUAUUUUGUAUUUUAUACAUUUUACAAGUUAUACGUUUUUAUAAGUUUUGUUUUGUUGGUGACGAGCGGCACAUUAAACAGAUCAGAUCAGUCUUAUCU